AUGAAGAGGAUCUGCCACGAGGCCGUCGUCCCGGUGCUCGUCUCCGAGAAUGAGGUCAUCUUCAGCGCGGACGAGGUGCCCUCGGAGCCCCCCCAGAUGAUCUUCGUGGAGAAGGGGCUGCUGAAGUACCAGCUCGAUGACGAGGCUGUCCAGGACGUGCGCCCGGGCCAGUGGAUCUCCGAGCAGGUGCUGUGGACCAACUGGGUCUACCAGGGCACUCUGUGGAGUGUCACCCCCUGUAGGCUCCUCAUGCUGAACGCGCAGGAGUUGCCUCCUCAGGUUCUGAGCACCAAGGCCAUCCAGGGCACCCUCAACGUCGACGUGUCCGAGUACGCCACCGGCUUCCUGAAGGAGCUGAACGAGUCCGGCCACGAGGCCUGCUGCGACCUGGGGUCCUACCAGGCCUGCGCGCAGCUGGAGGCCCGGAUCAGCGGAUCGAACCUGCAGGACGCCGAGGCCGAGGCGCCCCGGCGCAACUCGGGCGCCUCGCUGCAGGAGUCCCUCCGCGAGUUCCACGCCUGGCUGGGGGCGAAGAGCCCCGAGCAGCCGGGCUCCCGGUCGGACUCCCGGCACACCUCGAGGGGUUCGCUGUCGCCCGUCCGGGCCCGCUGCCCCUGGAGGCCGCGCAGGGACGCGCCCGUGGCUCCAGCGCAGCCGGCCGCGCCUCUCGGGGUUCAAGCGCCGCCGCUGACCGACGUGGUGUUCACGCGCGCGACGAGCGUGCCGUGA